AUGUUUGAAAUAAAGAAAUUUAUCUACUUCAUACUUGUCAUCAUAUGCUAUGAUUCGUUUUGCAUGGUAGAGGAGGAAGAACCGAAAGAGGGUGAAGAAACAUCAUCAGAGGAUUGGGAAUUGGCCAAUGAGACAAAACUAAUAUGGAUGAGGAAUCCUAAAGAAAUUGAAAAAGAUCAAUACAGUGAGUUUUACAAGAAGACAUUCAAUGAGUUUCUUGAUCCUCUUGCAUACACUCAUUUCACCAUAGAGGGUGAAGUAGAGUUUAGAAGUGUGAUUUACAUUCCUGGAAUGGCUCCAAUGAACAAUGAAGAUGUAGUAAAUCCCAAAACAAGAAAUAUUCGGCUUUAUGUGAAACGUGUAUUCAAGCUGGUCAUGUAG